GUUUUCGAUCCCAACUUGUCUAAGAAGAAGAAAAAGAAGAAGAAGCCUUUUGAUAUAGAUGGUUUGGAGUCUACAGCACCGCCUGAGGAAGUCCCUGCCACUGCUACUCUACCCCCUGUUGAAUCACCUGUUGAAAAAACCAACGUUGCUGAACCUGAGAUUGAUCCAACAGAUGAACUUCUCGAUUUAACUUUGGACAAAAAAAAGAAGAAGAAGAAAAAGCAAAUUGACUUAUCUGAACUGGGUUCAGCUCUACCUGAGGUUGUUGGAAGUGGGGAGGCAGGUGCAGGGGAUGUUGAGGAUGAGAAACAAGCCACGCUGCUGGACAAUGAUGACAACAUCGACUUCACUAUGAAAAAGAAGAAGAAGAAGAAAGACAAGACUUUAGUUGAGACUACUGUAUCUGAAAAACUACAAAUAUUAAAUAAUAAUAUUGCAGACGAUGUGGAUGGAACGGCAACUAGUAUUGAACAAUCUGACAAUGACUACACGUACGAAGAGUUACUGGCCAGGGUGUUUGAAAUUAUGCGCGAGAAGAACCCGGACAUGGUGGCAGGGGAAAAAAAGAAGUUUGUGAUGAAGCCACCCCAGGUCAUGAGGGUCGGCACCAAAAAAACAUCAUUCUGUAACUUCGCUGAGAUUUGUAGACUGCUCCACAGAUCCACAAAACAUUUACAGGCGUUUUUAUCAGCAGAGCUGGGAACCAGUGGUUCACUGGAUGCUCAAUCACAACUUAUCAUCAAAGGGAGAUUCCAACAGAAACAAAUUGAAAGUGUUCUUCGUCGUUACAUCAAGGAGUAUGUGACAUGCCACACCUGCAAAUCUCCAGAAACCAUGCUACAGAAAGAGACUCGUUUGUUCUUCUUGCAGUGUGAAACAUGUGGGUCAAGGUGCUCUGUAGCCAGCAUCAAAUCAGGCUUUCAGGCUGUUACUGGCAAAAGGGCUGCCAUCAGAGCUAGAACCACAUAA